AUGUUGAAUCUCAGUCGAGUGCUUCUAAGUCGUGGUCGUGCCGUAGCGAUUCCGCUGCCCCAGGCCGCCGGCCUCACUUGGUUCCAACCACCAUUGGCUCCUACUCCACGGAUCUGGCAUCAGAUUUCGCCCCGCCUCUCCGCCUCGCCCCAAGCUUCGGCUCCGCCCAGUCUCCGCCUCUCGGAUAGCUGUGUGCAACGACUCCAGCAACUCCGUCAAAACGAACCUGAGACCAUGCUGCGCAUCAUUGUGACCGAAGAAGACCGGGUGAUUGAGCGCGAUGGAGCGGCUGUGGUGAUCGAUGAAACGUCGCUGGAGUUUCUGCAAGGCUCCACCAUCGAUUUCCAUCGAGAGCUCAUCCGAGCCGGUUUCCGAAUCAUCGAUAAUCCCAAAGCGGAGGGCGGAUGCUCGUGUGGCGUGUCUUUCUCCGUCAAACUGGACUAA